AUGGCCUCCAACGAAGCUGUGCCCAAGACCUGCAAGGUCAUUCUGGCCGACACCAUCGCCAAGCGUCUCCUGACUGAGGUUCACGAGACCCUCGCCAAGGUGCAGGGCAACGGCGCCUCCAAGCCGACCUUGGCGGCGUUCCUGGCAAACGACGAUCCGGCUGCAUUGCAGUAUGCUGAGUGGUCUAAGAAGACCUGCGUCGAAAACAAAAAUUGGAUGCAAAAGGUAGCUGACGAGACGGUGUUCACCCCCCUUUCCAGCGGCUUCGACUUUGACCUGCGCCGUGUCGACAAGGAGCAGCUCGAGGAAAAGAUCACCGAGGCCAACGAGGACGACAAGGUCGACGGCAUCAUCGUCUACUACCCCAUCUUCCCCGGCAACCCGCUCCAGGACAAGUACAUCCAGGAGACAGUCUCCCUGGCAAAGGACGUCGAGGGCCUCUGCCACCAGCAUAUCUUCAACAUGUACCACAACGUCCGCUUCCUGGACCCGCCCCACAACCUGAGAAAGUCCAUCCUCCCCUGCACGCCCCUCGCCGUCGUCAAGAUCCUCGAGCACCUCCAGAUCUACAACCCCAUCCUGGCCUACGGCAACCGCCUCUUUGGCAAGACAAUCACCGUCAUCAACAGGUCCGAAGUCAACGGCCGACCCCUGGCCGCCCUGCUCGCCAACGACGGCGCCACCGUCUACUCGGUCGACAUCACCGGCGUCCAGCUCUUCACUCGCGGCAAGGGCAUCAAGCAGAUCCGCCACCAGGUCGAGAACAAGGAGGGCUGGGGCCUGGAGCAGGUCCUCCCCCUCAGCGACGUCAUCAUCGGCGGCGUCCCCAGCGAAAAGUACAAGAUCUCGACCGACCUCAUUCGCGAGGGUGCCGUCUGCAUCAACUUCUCCUCCCACCGCAACUUUGACGCGCCCACCGUCAAGGAGAAGGCGGCCAUCUACGUCCCGUCAGUUGGCAAGGUCACCAUUGCGUGCCUUUUGAGAAACUUGGUGCGCCUCAUCGCCAACCGUCCCACGACCAAGGACAACGGCAAUGAAGAUGCCUCCACUGCGCAGGCUAGAAGCGAGGCGUUCACUGAGGGCUAG